AUGUUUUUAGCUGCUGAACACACAAGCACAUUGUUGUCGAGUUUGCGGCUGUAUAUCGAAUCCUACAUAACAGGCGUAUUAGCCCGACAGGAAACUCUGUUGCUUACAGCAUUUGACUUCGUGAACCAAACAAAGUUAACAAUGGAAGAACAUUCUUUACUUGAGAACCUUCUUGGAAUCAAUCAGGAAAUUCACACAGACUCGUUCAAAACAAUGAACACAUAUGUGAUAUUGAUCGAUCGUUUGGCGGAUGUUUCUCAAAGUUCGCGUUGACGGUAUUUCCAACAAAGUCAAAUGAUUACAUCUAAAACCGGUUCCAAUGGAUAGUUCGGAGCAAUAUUUUUCUUCUAUAAUAAAAACUGCAAGUUUGUCGACAAAA